GUCGGUGGUACAGAUGUGCGUGAUCGUCGCGAUUCAGUGCCAACCGACUCUAUCGAAGCCUGUAGCAUGGAGGGCCAUCAUUCUGCCAGCCUGGAUCUGCCUGACAGCGUGGCUGGAGGCUUCGACGUCGGGCUGAACAAUGAGGCGGGUGUUGAGGCCUCCAGGCGACAGCAGACAGCGACUAGCAGUCUCCAGACUUCAUGCGUCUUUUCGCCAGAUUACUUGCCUCCUCACCCUGCCGCGCAGACUUUUUCAGGACCACUGGCUUCUGAUGCCCAGGCCGGCUUCUCCACCUCCUCCUCUUCCACUGCUGCGGCUGCAGCAGCAGCUGCUGCCGUUGUCACCGCCACCAGUACCUCCGAUUCAGCUCUUCAUAGUCGGAGUCCAAGCCGUUCUCGUAGCCCAAUCGUGGCCACCAGCACGACUUUCACGAUGAUGACGACGAUACCGGCCACAACAGCGUCAGCCACGAUCACAACGGUCAGUGCUCCGGUACCCGGCUGUCCUCUGAACACUCCGACAAACCUGAGCGUAUCAUCAAAAGACACGGCUAUGGGCUCUGGCAAGUCCUUCGUCCCACCGGCUGGCGCCUUGAUUGCUGCAUCUCGUGACACAGUCCUGGUGGCAUCAAGGCGGUUGGAGGCCGAGACGAGUCGCCGGCCUGGUCAUGUCGGCUUUGAAAGGUUUGGGCAUCCCGGUGACCGGUUGGCCGUGAUCGACACGGAUCCGAGCCGUCGCAGCGCCGUCAGACGCGACUGGGUCUAUCACAUAUAUCUUAUCCAGGAUGAGCUGCACAUUCGACAUCGCCUGAAUCUCAUCAGCACUUCCAACAAUCCGGGUAGUGGAGGCAUCACUUCCCGGUUAUCGUUAAACCUUGUGUCCUGCUCUGACGAAGUCCGUUACAUGACGGAUGAAUGCUCAAUAAGGCUUCACCAGGGCCGCGGGGCGGCGCGCCGAGGACCUAAUCGCACAGAUCUAUAA